AUGGCUCCCAAUCCGACUCAACGCAUCUACAUCUUCGACCAGCCCAGGACGUGCUCCAUGCUUCUCCAGCGCCUGCUCUCCCAACAUCCACAGCUCGGUCAUGUAUUUCACCCAUUCAGCGCAUCGGCCAUGUACGGUAAAGACAGAAUUCAUCUUCUACUGAGAUCCCGGGAUCCGUCCACCGAUGCUCAUCAGGAUAAGCUGGCAAACGACGCUGGCAUGAAUGGCCUGACCUAUGCAAGCUCAGAGAGCGAUCUGAAAUCCAAGGUCGAAGCUAUCGAACGAGAGGGGAAAAUCGUGUGCCUCAAAGACCACUUAAUCUGCCUCAUGCGUCAGGACUUGCUGGUCUCCCGGGGCGAGUCAUGGUCGGGGGAGGAUAACCCCGUACGUCGAUUCUCAGAGGAGUUCCUGUUAUCCAUCCGCCAUCCUAUCUUCCUGAUUCGUCAUCCAGGUUUAAUGAUCCGCUGCUUCUGGGAAUCGCAGCAGGAUAUUUUCAAGCUACGAUCAGACGACGACAUGUUUGUUGCUUUGACGACGCUUCGAUGGACAUCGAUUCUCCACGAUUGGUAUAGAAACCAUGGCAUUGAUCCUAUCGUUAUCGAUGCAUACGAUAUAGUAUACAACACAACCAAGGUCAUGGAAACAGUUUGUGCCGCAGUUGGUAUCGAUCCAGAAGGCGUCAAGUAUGAAUGGCCGGCUCAAGAUCGCGUGGACUGGUCGGAGGGGCGCAUGGCCAAGACAUUCUUGUGGAAGUUGCAGUGCUCCACUGGGGUUCAGCGAGAAGACGGGAGUGCUGGAAGGGAUGAAUUCGACUUGGAGAGUCAGACUGAAAGAUGGGAGGCCGAAUGGGGUCACGAAGUCUCCCUGCAGUUGAGGCAUAGAGUAGAGGAAGAGUUGCCGAUUUAUGAGCGCAUGAAGUCUCGGGCAUUGAGAUUUUAG